ACGGACUUUAUAGCGCGCUGGACCCUUGAAGGAAGCUCGACUCAGCUGUGACCUGCUUGGUUUGAACUCUCCGUAAAAUGAGUUUCUAGCCAGAGGGAAGCGUCAUGUUUAUUUUAAAAUUUCUAAAGAAAAACAAAACGGUCAAAUAUGGAGUUCCUAUGCUUUUGCUGGUAGUUGGUGGCUCCUUUGGCCUUCGGGAGUUUACACAAAUCCGAUAUGAUGCCCAGAAGAUCAGGAAAAGGCUGGAUCCAUCACUGGAGGCUAAAGUGAACGUGGAGAAGCAGUCGGUCAUGUUGGAGGAGGAGUACGAGAAGCUGAGGAGAAUUAAUUUGGAUGAGUGGAAGAACAUCCGCGGUCCUCGUCCCUGGGAGGACUCGAGGGAGUACCAGGAGCAGCAGCGCAGCAGGCCGAGCAAAACAGACUGAGUCUCCAGGCUGAUACACACACACACACACGCGCACGCACA